UUUUCUUUUCUAUUUUAGAAAAAUAGCGUGAAUCGUUCAUAACAAAUUUUGGAAAAACCUUCGAUAAUCGAUAAAAACUAAUUUCUUUGCCGGUAUACAGCUUCAAGAUGGCAUUCACCGGUAGUAUACUUACGUCGAUAGUCCGGGUACUUUGGAGACCGCAAGUUACCACCGUCCGGUACAGAUAUCACGCGGAUAAGGUAGCCCGUGGUCCGCUAGUGAGGCGAUACGGUUAUGAGGACAAAAUACUGCAACGAGGGCUCCUUCCUCAUCUGGACAACGGUCAAAAGUUGCCAAUGCCCGACUAUAAACCCAAAAACGCUUGGUGCGAAAAGCGAGCACUAUUUGGACAGAACGAUUAUAUCGACAUUCUUGGUAAUGACCGGCUUCAUCCCACUCGCGUUAUGUACUCGGUACCGUCCUGGCUUCGCGGUGUGUCCGGCAAUGAGUACCAGGUGCUGCUGCGAAAACGGAAAAUGCUCAGUCAAACGAUCUACCCAAUCGCCAGACCUACGAAAUGGAGAGAUAUGGAGAAACGCAUCUCAUAUCUGUACCGUUUCCUAAACCGUAAAACUAAAACAGGAUUUUCGAACGUUUAAGUUUAGAUUGUUAACCGUGCUAGUGAAAACGCUGUAUAGAAACUAAAUAAAAACAAAUGUAUCCCA